AUGAAUUCCGACUCUAGCUCCAGCAGCAGAGCCUCCUCUCCGGAUAUGGACGGCGCGUUGCGUGACCACCACCACCACCUCCUCCACGGCCACCAUCACCACAUCGGCUCCUCCGUGUCCUCCUCCACGCAGAACACCGACCUCCGUCAGAAGAUGACCGGCGGCGACCACUUGUCAUCGCGGUCCGGGGACCCCAAGACGAUGUCGGUGGGCGGCGGCGGCAGCAGCAAGUACAAACUUAAGAAGCAGGUGACCGAGCAAGAGGUCCAGCAGCUCCGCCUCAAAAUCAACGGCCGGGAGCGGAAGCGCAUGCACGACCUCAACCUGGCCAUGGACGGCCUGCGUGAGGUGAUGCCGUACGCACACGGGCCCUCUGUGCGGAAGCUGUCCAAAAUCGCCACGCUGCUGUUGGCCCGGAACUACAUUUUGAUGCUCACCAGCUCCCUCGACGAGAUGAAGCGGCUCGUCGGAGAGAUUUACGGGGGGCACCACUCCGCUUUCCACUGCGGGACGGUGACGCACGCGCCCGGCGGCGGGCACCCCGCUAGCCCGGCCACGGCCGCGCACCAGGUUCACCCGCUGCUCGGGGGCGCGCUGUCCUCGUCCGCGCCGUCACCUCUCCGGUGCCUUGCGGGGCUCACCUCAAUUCGAGCGCCCCACGCCCUGAUGAAGAGCACCCCCGCCGCCCCGGCCCUCCAGCUGGGGACCGGCUUCCAGCACUGGGCCGGUCUGCCGUGCCCCUGCACCAUCUGCCAGGUGCCCCCGACACACAUUCCCAUCACCUCCGCCGGCAUUACGAGACUUACUGGGGACAGCAAGGAUGGAUGA